GCGGAGCGGACGCUUUUUUCUCGUCCUCCUCCUCCUCCUCUUCUUCCUCCUCCUCGGUUCCUCGCCCGACAUGGCGGUGGACGCCAGGCGGUUGGAGGCCCUGAGCCUUCACCAGCUCCACGAGCUCCUGGAAGAUGAGGAGCAGCUCCAGAACAUGGCCCUGGAGAUGGAGGAGGCCCAAAAUGUUCAGCUUAGCAAAGAUAUGACUCUCGCCAGCAACCACAGUCUAGCAGAAGGAAAUCUCUUAUACCAGCCAAAAUUAGAUGCCCUGAAAGCCACAUUAACCCAAAAGUAUCAAGAGCUGCAGGUUCUCUUCGAAGCGUAUCAGAUAAAGAAAACCAAGCUAGACAGACAAUCCAAUAAUGCUUCGCUGGAGACCCUCCUCGCACUUCUUCAGACAGAAGGGGCCAAAAUUGAAGAAGACACCGAGAACAUGGCCGAGAAGUUUCUAGAUGGCGACAUCCCUCUGGACACCUUCAUUGACGAAUAUCAGAGUCAGAGGAAAUUAGCUCACCUGCGGCGGGUCAAAAUAGAAAAACUCCAAGAGGUGGUCCUGAAAGGACCCCGACGGCCCCCGGUCCCCCCUCCGCCGGUGCUUCAGACUUCAGAGGCCAACACGCCUCCUUCGGUUAUGCCUCGCCGUAACCCUCCCCCUCCCCCUCCGGUGUCCGUGGUCCCAGCAGGACAUUUCCCAACGCCCUUUAUGGCUCCCGUGGGCCACAAUCCGUAUCUAUAUCCUCCUCUCCCCCCGAGGACGGGGGCUCCGCCACCGCCAGGCCAAGGGCCGUCGCCGGGUUACCCGAACCCGUUUCUAGCUCUGUACCCCUCCACACCGCCUCAGAGGCCCCCGCCUCGCCUUCCUUCCAACCCCGGUUUUAUCAUGGAAUGAAAACGCCAUCACGUCUUGACUCUUCUUGUACACUGGUGCUGACCUUUACGAGAUCCUUAAAAGCUGGAAACCCAAGCGAAGUCGUCGGUGGGGGAGAAAUCAACGGGGGCUCCGCGCACAAAGGAAACCGUCGACGGAUCCUGCAAAGACCACCGGUUUUGAUCCUUUUUUAAAAAAAAUUAUUUUUUAAUUUAAAGAGAGAAUCGGCGUCUUCGUCCAGACCUCCCGACAAAGACGUCAAACCAGUGUAGAAUUGGUGAAAAUGCUUCCAUUUGUAGACUUGCCUUGUUCUUCCGAGGAGAUUCCAGCCAUCGUGGCACAAAGGCCACAAAUCCCAGGAAAUCUUAAGUUUUUUUUUUUUUAUUCCUUAAUUUGGGGGGGGGGGGAAAAAAAAAAAGCAAUUCCAGAAAGGAAAACCUCAUUCUAAACCCCGGACGGUAGCUUUCGAAUAUAUACAUAUAUAUGUUCUGCGAACAGACUCGGCACCGAAAUGGCAAUAAAAAAAAUGACUCAUCGUUGAGGGAACAAACCCCGUUUAGGGACUAGCGAGAUGGUGGUUCUGAGUUAGCAAAUUUUUGUGUUAGCCGCAGUUGUGGUGGGUGGGUGGGAGUUUGUUUCCCCAUUAAUAUAAUCCGAUCCAUUCGAGCAGCAGGCUGCCAAUUUUCAGUGGGCAGCGAAGGGAAAAAAGCAGUUAUUUGUACCCGUGAAAACCUCAGGAUGUCAAAAACCAGCAAAUGGGGAUUUAAAUCCCUGCUCUUGAGGGUAAAUCAGGAAUAUUCAAUCCGUGCCACUGGAGCAAAUACUGCCCUUCUGCUUCUCUUCACCCUUCAUCCGUUUACAACUUCUGGCUUGCGAUGAGGGUGGUGUAUCUCUCAUAUAUUUUCCUAACAGGGUUCUAGAAAAUCUUGGCUUUUAAUGUAUCUGUGUCUCGGGGAAACACGUGAACCCAGAAAUACUCACGGGUCCAAGCAUGACCUAAUGCUUGUCUCUUAUCUUAGCCGAUUAGUUCCUCCAGCUUUAUAUGCCCCAUUCCUUAAUCCUAAACCAAAGUUAUCCUAUACCUGGAAACCUCGUGUCUAUUUCAGAUUGGAGCAAAAAAAUGUCUCUUCCCCCUUCCUUCCUUCCUUCCUUCCUUCCUUCUUCCUUCCUUCCUUCCUUCCUUCCUUCCUUCCUUCUUCCUUCCUUCCUUCCUUCCUUCCUUCCUUCCUUCCUUCCUUCCUUUUUUCUUCUUCUUACAAAACUUUUGUAUGCUUUUCAGAAAAUACGCUUUUCUUAAAAAAAAAAAAUCAAAGUAAAAGGAUUGGUUUUUUUUAAAACCGAAAAUUAGAUACACGACCCUGUGUGAAAACAAUUCACAUGUUCAGAAAAACAGGUUGAAAGCAUUUCCUAAAUCACCGGAGCAUCUUAACAGUAUCUCUGGGCUGAGUUAUACAUGAGGCCUGUUUCUUAAAUAGGUUGGUGGGGUUUAUUUAUUUAUUUUUUUGUCUCUGUCAUCCAACACUUCUCUGAAAUCGGUGCUGCCACAAUCAUGUUUGCAAAGAAAUUAAAAAAAGGGGCUGCUUCGCACUGAAAGGUAUUUGAAGGGAGUGAUAAUGAGGGGUGUGAGAAACACCAGAGUGUGAAGUUGUGAGAACGCUGUAUCCAUUAUCAGAUUCGAUUCUCUUGCCGGUUUGACUUUCAGCUGAUGUGGAAUGUCCUUUCAUUUAUCUUUCUGGAAGAACGCAGAGGCCUUGAUGCAUCCAAUUCCAGCUUCUUCUCUUUUUCUUUCCUCCUGCUUGUUUCGUUCUGUCACUUCUUCGGAGACUCUUAAUUCAUGUCCCCUUCAUGCUGACCCAAGCUAAUUUACCAUGUUUACUUAACUAUAUACCCUGGCCUAUCGCAUCAUAUCCCUGCUCUUCGGAGUUACUUUUCCUAAGCAAUUCCAGAAUAACUUUUGGAGCAAAAGGAUCUGUUUUUAAGCCAUAAGCUUAGGUCGAAAGCUUAAACAAAAAAAUUGGGUUAUACUCCUUUGGUCGUUAAUCAAGCCAAUCUACACUUGUAGGUCAUCUGUAGAAUGCCACUUAGAGGGCAGGAUUCCUUCUCUUGGGGGCUAGAACGAUCCUUCUGAAUUCAAAAUUUUGAGAGAUGAUCAUUGCCGAGACCGGUCAAUCCAAACCAGCCAGACUUAACCUGCUCUGUGACUUAAUUCCACCCCCUGAAGAUGUGAGCAGUUAUAAAACAAAACGGAACAAAUAAGACCAAGAGGAAAGCAUUUUUAUUCCUUAAAAAGACAGCAGAGGUACGCAAGUAUCGCUUGGCAUUUUGUACCCAUGUGAUUCUGUACACCGUACCCCUCGCUCUGUUUCUCUCCGACGCGAACUGAGCUCCGAUACCCCAGCUUGUUAAAUGGCUCUGCAAAUGGAUUCACUCCAGAGAGCCUUGUCCCUUUCUGCACAAAGUUGCUGCUUGCAGGGCAAGCCCUCGGAGGCGCUGGGGUGCCCCAAAAGACGUCUAAUGAUGGAAAAAAAACCCCACUUGCACGAUCUGCCCUCCUCCGAGGGAAUCAUAAACUUCAAGAACCGUUUUCGGAUGCGUCUCAACCAGUCGAGUGCGCUUGAGCUGAUGAGUCAAUCCAUCUGCCGUUUGGGGGCACGGGAUGACUUGUGAAACUCUCGGAGUCCUGGCAGUUAAAAGUUGCAAAGAUGAGUCUCGAUGCCAAUUGCAUUUGUCUUUCAGGGUGUCACACAAUCACGUUACUUUAAAAAAAAAAAAAAAAAAACAGGGCUUAAGGCACCCAUUUUAUAGCAUUUCUUGGUUGUGACUUCCCACCUCUUCCAUUUUUCUUUUUUUUUUAAUUGAGGAAAAGUGUGCCUCUCGGAGUCUUUUCUUUGAUGUGUCUUUUAUUCUUCCAGCAUUGCAGAUUUGCAACAUCAUUGGGUGUUUCUCCAAUGUUAGGAGAGCGGCUUUAGUUUUUAAGGAAGUUUCUUGUUGGCCAACGUUGCGUAGCUGAUGCAGCAAAAUACAUUUAUAGACAACUGGUCAGGUUCCAGGAGUUCUCAGGUACUUAACGUCUCAAGGAUCACACACGCUCCAUUCCAGAUUUUGCACAUCAGCAGUGAGAAUAUCUGAAUUCCCCAAGAAAAGGAGAAUUGGGCCCAUGUAUGAAUUUUACAGAGCCCUGUCUUGCUCUCUGAAAUGACACUGAUCAUCAUGUUCCUGUUAAGACACAGUUUCUUUUCCCCCGUGUACUGAUCACUUAUUUUCCAAACAAUAUAAUCAUUGUGCAGAGACACUUUUCAGUAGAGGCUGCUACAGCUGUGACGCACCUAGAUUUUGUACGGUGCGUUGCGCUGGGUGUGAAGGGCUAACCUCUGUGCCUUAGAACCACCGCAUAGAGUUUUGUCAGGAAGAAAUUCCUUUUAAAAAUUCCUUUUACGGUUCCUCUUUUUUCACGUGUCGAGAGUUUGGAAGGAAAAGGGCGACGGUGUCCAUUGUCUAUGGUAGGAAAGGCAGAUCUUGGGUGUUUGCUGAAAGGUUUUGUUUUAUCAGGGAAAGAAAAGUUUGGUCUCGUGGCAGGAGUUUUUCCAGCCGGCUGGCAGAUCUAGAGGAAAAGCCAUGUUAAAUCGGAGUUGCAAUCUUGUGGCCGUGCAAAACUAAACAACAAUAAUAAUAAUUGGAGCUUGGUGGAGAUUGAAACUGGCGAAGGUCAUUGUUAAUUGUAGGUAUUCCGGCUUGCAUGGAAUUAAAGUCAAAGGGCUCGUUGAAAAAUAUGGUUAGGAGAGGAAUGGAUCUUCAGCUUUUGCACGGUGAUAGACCAGAAAAGGCUACUGAACAGAAUCUGCGAGUUUUGGAGGAAAAAAAAUGGAAACCUCCAAACCUCAGCUGAGAUCCCCUACUCACUAACGUAGGAGUGAUGCAGAGAUGGGAUGCUACCUCUAUUUCUUGCUCCGUAAGUUUACACCAAUGGUUAGCCACCUCUUGCAGGUACUCAAGGUGCGAUGGACAGAAGAAUCAAGCAGAAUUUUCUCCAGUGGUCAGUUCGGUUUAGGGAACCGAUUAAGUCAGUAGCAGUGGGGUCAUAACCUUUCCCUGUAGUACUUCAGCCUUGCCACUUCCAGGACCCUGAGGAUGGCUUAAGCUACCUUCAAAGACAUUUGUUCUUCACCCAGAAUCAGGCACGCUGCUUCCGGAAAGCAAGAGUUUUCAACAGCUUAAAAUGCAGAACGAUUUCGAUUUCCUCUUCGCGCUCAGGGUGGAACGUUUCUCGCUCGCUUUUGAUAAAAGAGGGUUUGCAGUAGUUUUGUUUACACGAGACACGUUUUUAAAACGGCCCUUAAAUAAAAUAAAAAAUAAUAGCCAACCGCAUUUGAAGCAUAAGAAGCCAUGUUUCCCCCCAAACGGUGGAAAAUAACUGCAAUUGUGGAAAAUAGCUGCAAUUUUAUACCGUGGUCUUAAUCGCCCUUUUUUUUCUUUCUCUCUCUCUACAAAAGUAUGCAACUAGAGAGGGAAAUUUGUGACGGUGUGGAAUGUCACAGUAAACUGGCCUGACCGGGUUUUUUUUCUUGAUUAGCAUUUGAAUUGUGGAAAAGCCUCUAGCAAAUGUUGCUGGUUAGCUUUCAUUCUGCCCAGCAGCAGAUCUGCAGAUCAGUUUACUGUUUAUUUUUUUUUUUGGUAGGUAUGCAAGUAAGGCCAGUUUUUAAGUCUGAAUUAGGUUAUUUCUGUCCUAGGAAAGGAGGCGGAAGAGAAAGGUCAUUUAAGGCAAUUUGAUAAUCCUGCAGCGGGACAGUUUUCCAGUGCUUUGGGGCCUCAAACCAGUGGUUUAGCAUGUUAUUCUGGAACAAGCCAGUCCUAAACUACCAUGUGAUGCCCGUCGUCUUCAAAUGUGCCUAAGAUGCCGACAGACUUCCUUGCUUUCUGGGGCGACUCCUAAUGUAUCACACCUGUUCAACUUCGUUGUACAACUUUGAUUGUGGUCUCGAGGGAAGAGACCGACAGCUGUUCCUUUUUCUUGUAGAAUUUGCUGUUUUAUAGAAAUAAAUUUUUUGGAGUUGCAGUGAUUAUUCAUUAAAAAAGAAUGCUAAAUUUUUGUACAAA